AUGGAAAAUUAAAACGAAAAUCCAGUAUAGACUGAAGAGCAAGGAGAAAUUUCUGAAAAACUAUAAAACUAAGAGUCAUAAUUAAAUAAUGAAGACAAUGAAGUUAUAACGAAAGCUUAAGAGUUGGAAGCAAAAAGUGAAAAAGAGAGAGAUGAUAAUUCAUAAAAAAUUGAUUAAUAGUUCAAUAAUCAAACAAUUGAGAUUAGAAAUCAAGAAGAAAAUGAAUAAUAAUAAUAAAUAUAAAACCCAGUAUUAAUUGAAGAGGAGAACUUAAAUAUUUAAGAAUAUUUAGAGAAAUAAUUAGAAAGAUAUAGAAAAAUAGAAGCUUAAUGUGUAUAAUAAAAAGAUAAGAGAGUUAUUAAACGUAUCAUGUCUACUCUUGAAAGUUAACUAGAAAAAUUGAAAUUUAAUAUUAUAGAUCCAAUAACGAAUGAUGUCAGCAACUUUGGUGGAAUUAGUUUAAUAAAAGAACUUGAAUAGACAGAAGAGUCUUUCUUUUCAUAAUCUAAGAUAUAAUCUCAUCUAAAGGAAGUUUAUAAAUUCUAUUCAAAAAUAUUCUAUGUAAGAGGUCCAUCAGAUGAUUUCACAAGAAUAAAUCAUGAAUCCUAAACAUUAACAGAAGGUAAGUUUAUGAUCUUUUGUCGUCAAUUUGGAUUGAUAGAUGAGAAAAUCCAUCACAUUAAAACAUAAUCAAGACAUACCGAAACAAAUAGAAUAUUAAAUGAUACAUUUGCAACUAAGCCUAAUAAAAUUAUUCCUACUUCAACUAGGAAUCAUCGUUAAGAAAAUAUGCGAAUCUUAUCUUUUAAAGAACUUGUAUAUUAAUUUACUUUAUAUAUUAGAAUCUACUAUUUAGGAGAGUUAAUCAAAAUUAAAAUGAAAUUACCUUUAUAAAUUUUGUCCUUUUAUUGAAAGAACUCUCUAAACUUAUGUAUUAAGAAGAUUUAACAAAAGCAGAGAUUAAAUUAUUUUAAUACAUGGAAGUAGAUUCAAAUAAAUUUAAAACAAAAAUGAAAUCUUUGAAUAUCCCAUUUGAAUCAAAAGAUGCAUAAGGAUUUAGAAAACCUGAAGGAUUAUAAUUAUAAAAGUUUGUUAAUUAUUCAACUGAUGAACUUAAAUCUAGAAGAAUAUUAGUAGAAGAAUGGAAAAAUGUAAAAAAAUAAGAAUUAAGAGAUAAAAUAAUAUAAUAAGUGGAUAAUUCAAGAUCUAAAUCAAUAUUUUUUGAACCAUCUUAUAUUAAAACAAAUAAUUAUAGGGAAAGAAAGUUAAAAAAGAUUGGUUUAGAUGCAAAUUCUAAUCAGGUUGUAAAUUGGGAAAAAUUGGAUAAAUUGGAUCCUAAACUCUUAUUACAUGAAGAAUUCAAACCUGAAGAUUUAAUAGAGGAAGAUGAAGAUGAAGAUGAUAAAUAUUAUUUAAAAAGUUAUGAUUUAUCAAGAUAAAAUAAUGGGAGUGUUAAGAAGUAUAUAUAUUUAUGAUUAUAUUUUAUAGGAUUUCUUCAUUAGAUCAAAGAUCAUCAAAAUAUCAAUUAAAAACUGAAUCUACGAAAAGGUAAAUCUAAAACAUUUCAAAAAUAGACCAAAAAUUUGA